AUGAAAUGAAAGUGUCACGAACUCUAAGCGCUGUAGGUUCUCUGCUCCUGGUUCUCAGCAUCGUUUUGAUCUUCAAAUGGAUAGCAUACAAUCGAGCUGACCACAAAGCACACACAGAACCGAGGAAUUCAACGACGAAAGCAAUUCCACUUGAGAAAAAACCCAUCGAAAGACAAGUUAAGAAUAAAAAGCAAGUGCAGAAUACCUUACCCAAAAAAGUCGCCAAGUCGGUGGCCAACCAACCCAAGUUCAAAACGAACAAGAUUAGCAGGAAAAUUCCAGUCAUUCCCCUGCUCGAUGUGCUCACGGCCAGAAAGCAGCCAAGUCGUGGACAGAGUAUAUUCUUCCAUGAAACCACGAACUUCAGGCGGCUAGAAAAGAGCGCACUGGCUCAAUUGAAGGCCCGGUCGGCCUGUGCCAUUGAAUCGGCCGCCCUUCACAAUCCAGGCCUCACUGUAUUUGUGCUUUUCGCCGGCGCCACUCAUCGUCCAUUAAGUGGAGAUCCGCUGAUCAAGGCUUUGCAUAAGUACAACAAUAUACGACUGAGGCACCUUAACUUGUGGCGCUAUGCAGCUGGAACGCCCAUCGCAAAAUGGCUAAACACUGGCAAGCUAUUUAAAUCGAAAUUUCUCUUUCCACAUGUCUCGGAUCUGCUGCGCUAUGUUACCCUGUACAAAUACGGCGGUCUUUACCUGGAUCUCGAUGUGGUGGUUCAGCAGAAUCUGGAGAAGAUGCCACCGAACUUCACGGGUGCGGAGAGCAACAAAUCUCUGGCCUGUGGCGUCAUGAAAAUGUCCUCCGCCGGUCUGGGCCAUAAGAUAACCACCAUGUGUCUGCGGGAUCUGGAGGCCAACUACAAUGGCGAUAAGUGGGGCACCAAUGGACCCGGGGUCAUAACCCGCGUGGCCAAGAAGCAAUGCAAAACCGAGAAUGUCAAUGCAAUGAUUAACAAUCCGAAACGCUGCAAUGGCUUCAGGGUCUACGAUCCAAAUGCAUUCUAUGCCAUACCCUGGUUGCAGUGGAAGGACUUCUUUCUGCCGAACAGACUCAACGUGACCAUGAGAAGAGUAUCCAAGUCUCCGGUGGUUCAUGUUUGGAACAAAUUCUCGAAGGGAUGGAAACUAAAAACGAAGGACAGCUGUGCCUACAUCAACCUGGCCAAAACUCACUGCCCCAGAUGCCAGUGGACCAUGGACUGUGGAUUGGGCAAACAGACGUGAAGGGAACUAAUGCCCGAAUUUAUUGUGACUUUUGCCACUGCCUGCAACAGCUGCUCCACAUUAUGGGGUGUCAUCCAAAACUCCAAUCCAACCAGUCAAAAAACAAAAAAAACUAACUAAAAUGGUGAAAAAGAACCAAAACUCACAUAUGGGUCCCAUGCUCAGUUUUAUCUGCUGCACUGCACGCGGCACAUUUGCAUAUUUCGUGCACAGGAGGAGCUGGGUUUUUAUUUUUAUUUCAUUUUUAUUAAUGCGAAAAAUGUAAUUUCAAGCAUUUGCAACUGCAGCGGUCCCUUGGGGCACCACGACAGUCAGCCCAAAAACAAAAUUACAAAAAAUUGGCAUGUGAAAAAUGGCAAAAACAUUUGGAAAAGGCAAGGAAUUCCAUUCGUUUAUACCUCGUUGACU